AUGUGGUUAGCGCUUAUCCCCUGGCAAGGUAUUCUGAAAAUGACACAAGCAACUCGUAGAUCUUUGGAAAAAGGAGUUCAAUUACAACUUCAAAAUGAAAAGACGAUCAUGAUUACACAAAUGAAGGAUAGAGAUAUAUUUUGGUCCUAUGUACUUCUUCUUACUGAUGCAGUUAAAUCUGAAAAACCAUCAUUCGGACUUAUUCAUCGUGAUGAAACCGAAGUUAUGCGUAAGCUUACACUACUGAGAGCUCCUCAUACAUACGAAGAGCAAAUACCAGGUAACAUCGCUGAUAUUAUGAAGCUUGUUAAGAGUUCAGAAUUAUGGUCGGAAUUCUUUAAGGUCUGUGAGUGUUCUGAUGUCGUUAUUGGUAAAUGGAACAAGACAAAAGAUGGUAUUUCACGUUUAAUCCAGUUUAAGCAGCCUCUUUUCCAAUCUGUUCUCGUUCAAUCAACUUAUACUCUUAUGAAAUCAGGAGAUACGUUCACCCUUGAAUUAUUCAUGUCUUACUCGCGCUCAGCUCUUCAAGGAUUUCUUCAUAUACCUGUUCCAUUCUAUUUCAAGAAAACAGAUAAGGAAUAUAUGUUCAGAUACGCUUACUCUCUUGACUGGAUCAAGGAAACAUGGGAUAGGGAGUUCAUUGAAGCUGCUGUUGCUCGUCAUAUCAAGAUGGUUUACUUUUUCAUUAAAUCUAAGAUUACAAACACAGAAUUUAAGGAAGGUUGUUCGAAGGACAAUGGAGGAAACAUCAAUCUUACGUUAUUGUCAUAUUAA